AUCUGAAGCCAUGUCCUGUUUGGACAAGUUGGACCCGCCUUGGCAACUCUCCAUGGGGUGGAGCCGAUGGGUGGAGGCAGGAAAGUAAAAUUGGGUGGCUUGUUCGCAGGGAGAGGAGAGAGGGCGGAUUGUUUGCUCACUGGAUCAUUAUAUUUCAUCUGAAACGAAAUAAUUAACUUCUCCCAUUUGCAAAACACAUUUGAUGCAAAAAUAACUAAUUUAUGAGGGGCAAAGAUUUGGAAAUACCUCGUGGAGUUUAUUUCCUUUCAGACCAACCGUAGAAGACUGAGGUAGGUGAAGCCCUUGGGAGGUAUGGAACAGGACGCAUUUCCAGGCUGAACACCAGAACACCCUAGAAGGUUUAACUAAAAGAAUGCUCAUGUUUGACCCAGUCCCUGUCAAGCAAGAGGCCAUGGACCCUGUCUCGGUGUCCUACCCAUCUAAUUAUAUGGAGUCCAUGAAGUCCAGCAAGUACGGGGUCAUUUACUCCACACCAUUGCCUGAUAAGUUCUUUCAGACCCCAGAAGGCCUGUCGCACGGAAUACAGAUGGAGCCGGUGGACCUCACGGUGAACAAGCGUGGUUCACCACCUUCUGCUGGGAAUUCUCCCUCCUCCCUGAAGUUCCCGUCCUCGCACCGGAGAUCGUCACCGGGGCUGAGCAUGCCUUCUUCUAGCCCGCCAAUUAAAAAGUACUCACCUUCCUCGCCAGGCGUCCAGCCUUUCAGCAUGCCGCUGCCCCCGGUGAUGGCAGCUGCCCUCACACGGCAUGGAAUCCGGAGCCCAGGCAUCCUGCCCGUCAUCCAGCCAGUCGUGGUUCAGCCCGUCCCCUUUAUGUACACCAGCCACCUCCAGCAGCCGCUCAUGGUCUCCUUGUCAGAGGAGAUGGAAAAUUCAAGCAGUAGCAUGCAAGUACCUGUAAUUGAAUCAUAUGAGAAGCCCAUAUUACAGAAAAAAAUUAAAAUAGAACCUGGGACCGAACCACAGAGGACAGAUUAUUACCCUGAAGAAAUGACACCCCCUUUAAUGAACUCAGUGUCCCCCCCGCAGGCGUUAUUGCAAGAGAAUCACCCUUCAGUCAUAGUGCAGCCCGGGAAGAGACCUUUACCUGUGGAAUCCCCAGAUACACAGAGGAAGCGGAGGAUACACAGAUGCGACUAUGACGGAUGCAACAAAGUAUACACUAAAAGCUCCCACCUGAAAGCACACAGAAGAACGCACACAGGAGAAAAACCCUACAAAUGUACAUGGGAAGGAUGCACAUGGAAGUUUGCUCGGUCUGAUGAACUCACAAGACAUUUCCGAAAACACACUGGAAUCAAACCUUUCCAGUGUCCAGACUGUGACCGCAGCUUCUCCCGUUCUGACCAUCUUGCCCUACAUAGGAAACGCCACAUGCUAGUCUGAAAGCCUUGGUCUCGGACUCCCCACUCUCCUGGCUCUCUCUGUCCUCCUUCCCAGUAUCUAACUCAUUUUUUACAUGUACGUUUUAAUUUUGGUUCAGCUGGUCUGAAUCUGAAUUUAUAUCAUUCAAAACUUCCAUAUGGUCAGUAGUUGAUAACUCUCUAAUCCUCCCUCUCCUUAUCACGGGUCAGACCUAAAGAAUGUGAACACUUUUUUUUUUUUUCCGGGGAUGCUAAGCAAACCCUUCUUACAGAUACAUUUAAUGUAAUGAGAACAAGGGAACAUGUCAGCUAACAUAACCAAUUGUCGGCUUCUCCAUGUAUUCCUCAAAAGAAUGUCAAAGUAAAUGUAUUAGAAAUACAGUAUCUAGCCUGCUAGUCCUUGCCAGAGACAGUCGUACCUCUCUGCACCGUGAUCCCAUUUUACGGUCAGCAGCACGAAGAAAGUAGUUCCCACUCACCAGUUAGCAAGACUCAGAGCAGGGCAUCAGGCUAGUGUAGUCACCUCUGCUAUGGUCCUUCACACAGCUUGCGUCAGAACCUGGAUUAUCACCUCAUCUAAAUCAAGACCUUUGCCCUUUGGGCCUGCAGCCCACGUGGAGGGCUUUGCCACCAUUAGGAGAUGAGCCAGAGCUGUUUCAUUAGGUGGGUGAUGAGUAGCAGUUCCAAGAGAGAUGAAUGCUGGACUUCCAUGGCUUGGAUGAGAAGCAGAGGGGCAGGGAGCAGGGGCUGCAGAGGAGGAAGCUGCUGGUGUGCACACUGUGUUAGCUACGCAGUGCCAACCAGAGCGCUUCAGUUUCCAUGCGUGCUCAGCUGUGCACAAACGUGCUGCAAAACCGAACACCCGUGGGUCACCCACAGAGAGAUCUCCAUUCCUCCAGUAUCCUUAGUAUGGACCAUCGAGCAUGGAGGGUAACAAAACCACAAAAGUAUCUGCCCAGUAGUAAAAAGUAAAAAUCUUCCGGGUAAAAGCAUGCGAUGGUCUUCCUUUUACCCAACUUGUUACAUAACUUUGCAAGCAGGGAAAUGUUGAGUGGUACUUCUAUUCCCAUACCAAGUUAAUCACAUAGCUUUUACGUGCAACCUCCGUGUGGGCUGUCAGGGGCCAGAUUGGUUGUCAUUUGUGUCUGUGGCACACGUCCUCAAUGAGCAUCUGCGAAAGCUUUAGAUUUGUCCAAGUAAGACCUGAGUAGCACUCUUUGUAAAUAGAAGUAGUUGUGAAGCACAUACACCUUUAUUUUGGGGGCAGAUUUCUGAAAAAUAUAGAACACCACAGUUCAGGGAUUUAUAUAUGUAGCGUGAAUGUUCCCAGAAGUUUACUGUUGGAAUUAGUCACUUCGCAUCACUGUCCAGUAUCCUGUCAGAAGAACAAGCUGAAAAAAAGGACUCGUGUUUAUGUUGAAGAUAAAUAACACCAUUAAUGGGGGAAGUUUUUCAAAAGCAGGCUUUUGAGCACAGUAGUCUAAAUGCCAGUAAAAAUAAUUCACACAGAGAAAUGCCACUGGUCUCAAGUUUGAAGAAAAUGGGCAGUGGUGGUCAAACAUGGAUGCAUAGAAACCAAAACCGAACACCUCUUUGUUCCUCUGUGAAGGAAGGAGGAAGCGUGAGAGAGUAACGGAAUCCUGCAGAUCCAUCCCGGCUACAACUCAGGAUCCAAUGUACCCGUAGCUGGGAGGAAUACAUGAUCUUAAACAACGAGCGAGUGACGAGGCCUGCGAGUUGUGUGGGGAGCUUGCUUUGACUGCGCUAUGCUGAAAGUGAUAGGGACUGCACAUCUGAGAGGUCCCGCUCAGCCCUGUGAACCAGCUGAAAGGAAAUGUAAGUGAGAAAUGUAAAGAAAUUUGUUAUCUUGGCACUUGGGUUUUUUUCCUUAGCACUACAAAAUGUUUCAAGACUAUUAAAAUGUGCUACUUGGGCUAUUGUUUUCUUUUGUGCAACUGUAACAUGAACCAAGGCAUAGAAAUGGCUCUUCGAAAAGCAGGUGUGGUCUGUAUUGUCAGUGCUUAGUCUCAUUCAUGCCAAAGUGUUCGUGUUGUUGAGUGAUUCUUCCAAAACACACUGAAGAAUGAGGAGGCAUGCAAGGAGUGUUUUUGUUUGGGUGAAGAUAACCAGUCUGUAUUCCAAUGCAUAUACAAGAGAAGAGGAACAGAAAAGGACUGAAUUGAUCUUGGAUUGAGCUUUGAGUCUGGAGUGCAAUUAAUAGCUUCAUGGAUUCUCAUGAAAUUUGAUGUACGCUAUGGUAUAUUUAAAUCUUGUUCAAAAGACUGUGUAUGCUACUACUAAGCUUACUUAGAUCCCGUUAACAGUUCAUUAACGAAGAUCCAUUUUAACUCGGAGAGAAGUGCAACCCAGAGACGCCAUUCUCUAUUCUUUUGCUGGUCUGAUGCUUUUUAGUUACCAAUUGGCCCUUACCAAAUUUUUCUUUUAUAUAUAUAUAUAUUUGUAUUUUACUAUGAUAGUGGAGAAAUUUAGUCGUAGUCAUUUUAGCUGUUAUUGUGGAAGACCUCAGAUAGGAGAUAACAUGCCCUGAAGUUUGUGGUUUUAAUGAUGUGCCAUGUUACUAUCAAUGGUGAUUUAAUCGCACUAUGUUAAAUUUCUCAGAAUGAUUUAUAAACAUGAAGUUGGUGUCAUAUAAAUUGUUUACUAGAGAGUUUAUUCAAUUAUUGCUCACAUGUCAUCUUGGCAAAGUCAUAAAAAUUAAAUCAGAAUCCAUCGUAUUUCAGAGUUUUGAAAUGUAAGUCUACAUCAUAAAAUGGGCAUUAACAUUCUAAAUUGGUUGGUUUGGAGAAUGUAUUUGCAGCAUAGCUAUAGUCAACUAAGGAGAUGCUAAAUACACAGCAGUUUCAAGAGCCUUGGAACAGAAUACAGAGGACCUAUAUAUGUAUAUGUAUGUUUUAUUAAACACCCAUCUGCACUAUCAGUAUUGCACUAAUAUGGAAUUUGAAAGACUAUAUUGCUGAUAUUGUAUAUCUACCCAUCAUUCCUGAUUAGAUUGUUUUAAAGACAAUCUCAAAGAUCGAAGGUUUUAAAAUAAUUUGGUUUGAAAAUACACAGUUGUCUUGAAGAAAUUGCUGUCAUACGUGAACUCAGAGUUGUCUUUAUUCUCUUCUUGGUCAAGGUUAACAAUUUCUAAAUGAUUGCAAAUUCACUUAAGUAAUACAUUUACAAAGCCAUUUUACAUGCAUUAAACGAGGGCUACAACAUGUUUUACAAAUACUAGCACUUUUUUUUUCUGUUAUGUACUUAAUGUUAGAGAGUCAAAAUAAUCUUUCUGCUUAGCAUCUCUUAAACCAUACCUGCAAGUAUAGCAGGAUUAUUACAUUUACAGUACUUUAAUACUUGUAUAAACUAUGCAGAAAUUUUUAAUAAAGUGUAAUAUAUUUUAUAAGCUAAUAAGACUGAAUGGGUAAAGGUUUUUAGCAUGCAUUAGUAUACUUGCAAAUACUGAAACAUUUUGGUAAUCUUUCUUACUAAAGAUGUGAAUGUUUAAUGUACCUUCUCUGUUUCUACUCUGUAGUCCAAUGGGAAUUGAGUAAUGACAUUUUGUCAUGUCAAACUGUGAACAUAAAUUUGUACUGUACAGUCCUCAUAUUCUAUAUACAGUAUGCAGUAUAUGUAUUAUAUACUUGUUAAUAAAACCAUCAGAAUAUGAAA